AGCGUAGCGUCGUGGUCCUGACUGCCCUUCACAUCCGUCCACAUCCUGCUCGGCUCGACUCCCAAGUGCAGCACAACCAUGGCCCUGCUCAAGUCACACAAGAUGAUCUACUGUCUGGGGAACAUUUCCCCGUCCCUGGGAGUUCUGUCCUCCCGCAACAGCUCAUGGUGGGGUGGAGUGCAGAUGGGUCCCCCCGAUCCCAUCCUGGGGGUGAGCGAGGCCUUCAAGAAGGACACCAACCCCAAGAAGAUGAACCUGGGAGUGGGAGCCUACAGGGAUGACCAGGGCAAGCCUUUUGUGCUCAGCUGUGUCCGCAAGGCAGAGGCUAUUCUCACAGCCAAACAGCUGGAUAAGGAGUACCUUGCCAUUGGUGGUCUGGGGGAGUUUACCAAGUCCUGUGCCCAACUUGCUCUUGGUGCUGAUAAUGAGGUCUUGAAGAGUGGCAGGAACAUCACUGUCCAGACCAUCUCAGGAACUGGAUCUCUGCGCAUUGGAGCCAACUUUUUGUCUCGAUUCCACGGAGGUCCACGUGAUGUGUACCUGCCCAAACCGUCCUGGGGAAAUCACACACCCAUCUUCAGAGACGCUGGCAUGCAGCUCAAAGCAUACAGAUACUACGACCCCUCCACCUGUGGCUUUGACUUCAAAGGAGCUCUUGAUGACAUCUCAAAAAUCCCAGAGCAGAGUGUAAUCAUGUUGCAUGCUUGUGCCCACAACCCCACUGGUGUGGACCCCAAGCCCGAGCAGUGGAAGGAGAUCGCUGACAUUGUGAAGAAAAGGAACCUGCUCGUGUUCUUUGACAUGGCCUAUCAGGGCUUUGCGAGUGGAGAUAUCGAUCGUGAUGCCUGGGCUGUGCGCUACUUCAUCGAGCAGGGCCACAACAUCCUGCUGUCCCAGUCCUUUGCCAAGAAUAUGGGUCUCUAUGGUGAGCGUGUGGGAGGCUUCACUGUGGUGUGUAAAGACUUAGAUGAGGCAAAGAGGGUGGAGUCUCAACUCAAGAUCCUCAUCAGGCCCAUUUACUCCAACCCACCAAUGAAUGGCGCCAGAAUUGCAGCAACCAUUCUCAACACACCAGAUCUGCGCUCACUGUGGCUGGAGGAGGUCCAUGGUAUGGCUAACCGCAUCAUUAAGAUGAGAGAGCAGCUGGUGGCUGGUCUGAAAAAGGAGGGCUCCACCCACAACUGGCAGCACGUCAUCGACCAGAUCGGGAUGUUCUGCUUCACAGGCCUCAAACCCGAACAGGUUGAGCGCCUGACAAAGGAGUUUUCAGUGUACAUGACCAAGGAUGGCAGGAUUUCCAUGGCAGGUGUGUCCUCUGGGAACGUGGGCUACCUGGCACAGGCGAUCCAUGCUGUCACCAAGUAGAGUGGAUCCUGCUGGAGCAAAAAAAUCAAAGCAGCAGUGUUGAAGAGGAGCUUUGUGCGUCAAUUAUUCUCUGCCUCCUCCAUUCCACCUUUAGAAAAGAGCUCAAUAUUUAGUUAGACAUUUUCUUGAUUGGAUUUCAUCACGAGUUCAACUUGGAACAGUUGCUGCUGUUAAAUGGUUUAGUUUCUGUUGGUCUUUUUUUUUUACAUUUCACUGAACAGGCUCCCCUGCCAAAUUGUAAAAGACAUGUUUUCUCCCACUACUGAUGGAUCAUCCUUGCUUAUUUAUUAUGUGGAAUCAACUGUUGGCUGUGCAUUAGUGUCCUCCUAAAUGUGUGCUGUUUAUUUGUUGAUCAAGGAACCAACAUCGGGGUAAUGUUAGACGGUGCAUUAGUUUUGUGUACAAGCUAUGUGAAAGCCUGUUGAAAAUGUGAGUUUUUAUUUUUCUUCUUCUUAAUUUUAAUGGUGGCGUCAUAGCACUUUAUAAGCUGUAAGGCACUUGUUAUGUGUAAAUCAGGUAAUCAGUGCACUAUCAGGCUAAUCUGUGGUUGUUCAUCUGAACUAAUCAAUCAUCCAGUAAUUUAGUCUCCUAUAUUAUCUCGGGUUGGAAUUUGCCUAUCCAUCUCCUUGUAUUCAGUACUUUUUCAGCAGGAUUUGUGAAUCUUUUUUUGUUUCAGUCUAGUUAGUCACAGGGCAGCCGUCUCUCAAUCAGUCCCAUUCAACCCCUGAUACAAACAAGCACACAAGCCAAAAAGAGUUAAACUCAGUACAGAGAAGUGAUCAAUACUUUGAAUGAAUUCCACAAUGGAGAAAUUUGUCUUCAUGCUGCACCAUAGCGACAAAUUGAACGCCCCAUGUCUUAUUUUCUUUUCAUAAUGGAGUCUUUGUAUUUGGUACAAGUACAAAUGUUACUCUGUGUGGUUAUUAAAGAUGAGUGGUUGGGGUGAACAUUGGACAGUUCAUGACACAUGCCACUCAUUCACUCAGACAUCAUGGUUCAGUGUAUGAAUCUGUUCGUCAUUGAGACUCUGAGACACAAAUGGCAUUUAGAAAUGUGGGGUUUGCCCCCAGUCUACUCGUACUUCUGAAACUUAUGGCACUUCGCCUUCACGUUUUGCAUUCUGUCAUAAAAUAAUGGAUCACUGGUCAUAUUGAACAAACAAUAAAUGGUUAAAGAGUAA